CUGCCCUGGGCUGCAGCCGCUCGCUCCCUCGGUGCUGUCUGCUCCGGGCAGGGACGGGGAGCCCAGGCUGCUGCUGCUCUGCUGCGCCAAGGCAACGAGGAAGGCAGCUGUGACUGUGACUCUGCUCCCGCCGUCCCUCCCGCUUGGGCUGAGGCUCUGAACGUGGAGCUGAGAGCUUCCCCUGCACAAAGAGGACCUCUAUCUCAGUGCUUCUACCAGGACAAAGCACCAGAAUGCAGCCUGUGGCCCUGCACAGCCUCUCUGAAUUGGAAAGAGCCAGCCUGCAGGAGAUUGCUCUCUAUCAGCUGCAGGAGAAGCUGCUUGUUGGAGACCUCAGCCUGGCCAAAGUUGGACCUAAAGGCAGUAAAUCCAUCCGCCAGAAGCUGGAGAGCUUGUCGAAGGAGAAGAAAGAGUGCUCCCCUCAGACCUUUGGGAUCCCUCUCUGCCAAGUCCUCGCCAACGACCGCGCGUACCGGCAGCUGCAGGACGCGGUGAGGAGGAGCCGCCGCCUCUGCCUGGAGGUGGAGGCCACAGUGACCAGGUUUCGGGCUCAGAGGGAGAAGAGGUCCCCGAUGGGCAGGAGCCGUGUCCUGGUGCCCUGUGGGGUCGUCCCAGAGGAGCCACUUUCCCCACCUCCCCUCGCCAGCAGCUCCUGGAGCCAGCGAAGGGGGGCAAUGUCCGUGGACUCCAUCACCGACCUGGGUGACAACACAUCCAAGCUGCUGGAGGCACUGCAGCUCUCACACCCCCACGAGCUGGGGCCACGGAGGAGCCUGGGCAAGAAGAACACCUUGAGCCUCAACCCCCUCAGCUGUCAGGUCCCACGGAUUGUGGACAGAUGCUGCGAGCACAUCGAGUCAUAUGGUCUCCACACCGAGGGCAUCUUCCGCAUUGGCAGCUCCAGGAAAAGGGUUCAGCAGCUGAGGGAGGAGUUUGACCGAGGUCUGGAUGUUCUCUUGGACGAGCAGCAGAGCGUUCAUGACGUGGCUGCUCUGCUCAAAGAGUUUCUUCGGGACAUGCCGGAUUCCCUGAUUCCCAGAGAGCUCUACCCAGCCUUCCUCAGCACAGCCUCCAUGGAGGGCCGGGCAGGGCUGAGCACCCUGCAGCUGCUGCUCUUCCUGCUGCCGCCGUGCCACAGCGACACGCUGCAGCGGCUCCUGCGCCUCCUGGCCGACGUGGCCCAGCACGCUGAGAGCUCCCGCGGGCCCCGCGGACAGCAGAUUCCUGGGAAUAAAAUGACAGUUUCCAACUUGGCCACAGUCUUUGGUCCCAACAUCCUGCAGAAGGAGAAGCCUGGAGAGAAAGAUGCUGGUGCCAUGAGCUUUGAAGACACUGCUGCCAUUAUCCUGGUGCUCCAGAGGUUGAUUGAGCACCAGCAGACCUUGUUCAUGGUCUCUCCAGAGAUGCAGUGUCACAUCCUGAGGCGCCUGUUCCAGACAGACCCCGAUGUCAUCGAGUACCUCCUGCGCAGGAAGUUCAACGCUGGGCUGAGCACAGGGACUGAGGAUUCCCCCCAGGAGCAGGCUCCGGCCCCGCUGCGCGCCCGGCCCCACGGCCUGGAGAGCAGCUCGGUCUCCCUGGCGCUGUACACCAAUGUCUCCUUCCUAAACCUGGACAUUGGCAUGUAGCAGGCCUGGGCCAGGCCCUCUGCAUGCUUGCUGCAGCCAAACCCUCUGCAUGCCUGCUGCAGCCUCCCCGCAGCGAGGCCGAGCCCCGUGCUCCACCUCGGGGGCUGGGAGGGGUGAGUGCCUCCGGGAGCAUCUUUGCCGGCGGUGCAGGUGCCACCUCGUCUCAGCGUGGCCAGAAGCGUUUGCAGGCUGUGAGCAGAGGGCUUCCCACCCUCCCUGUGCUGCACCUGGCUCUGGGGAGGGCUCUGCUAGCCCCAUGGGGAGCUGAGCCAAGGCUGAGCCCCCACAGAGUGGCCUGCACAGAACGACGGGCACUGUCAGCGGGGCUGAGGACGGACAGUGCAGAUCAGCUUCGUGCAGUUGGUGCUCUGGGAUCCCAUGUGCCAUGUGGUGCUGUGUCACAGGCUUGUGUGCACAGAAAACUCUCCUGGAGCUCAAGGAACACCCAUGGAGCUCAACAGCACCAGUCUUGCCCAGGCACCCUGGCCUGCUGCACUCAGAAUGAACCACAGCUUGCUUCUUGUCUCAGCCCAGCUGCCAAACUGCUCAUUUUAGGGGCAGGAAACACCAUGUCAACCCCAAAAUGUAUUGCUGGGGUAGUGAGGAGGAACCAUACUCUCUGAGGAUUAUAAACUUCAGUUCUCCUCACGUUCAGUAAGCAGAACUUCCACAUGUGGUGCAGGUUGUGGUGCCCUGUCAUGAUCUCUGGCCGAGAAAUGCCUGGUUUGCUUCAUUCCUGCUGCUCAGGUGCUGGGAGUUGCUGCCAGUGACCUGCAAAUGUAGCUUUCUGUCUGUCUGGUGUGCCAGAAUGAAAGUCAUCAGCAAAUAC